UGAGUUUAUUUUUUUGCAGUCACUCUGGAGACAGGGCCAAUGAUUCUUGUUCCCUGAUGCGCUGUGAUACUUGCUUCACUGGGAAUGCCUUCACUCCUGGUUAACAGCAGUUCACAUGAACAGGAUGCUGUAUAUUAUGCACCAGAAUCCAUUGGCUCCCUUGUUAUCUUCAUCCUCGUUUUCAUCAUAGGUAUCCCAGGCAAUGGGUUGGUUAUCUGGGUAGCUGGUUUGAAAAUGAAGAGGUCUGUGAACAUCAUCUGGUUCCUCAACCUUGCUGUGGCUGACUUCAUGUGCUGCUUGUCUUUGCCAUUCUUCAUUGUUCACUUGUUCCUCAAUGAACACUGGCCAUAUGGUUGGUUUCUCUGCAAAGUCAUCCCGUCAGUCAUAAUCUUCACUAUGUUUGCUAGUGUUUUCCUACUCACAGUGAUCAGCAUUGACCGGUGCCUCCUUGUGAUGAAACCUGUCUGGUGUCAAAAUCAUCGAACAAUGAAGUUUAUUUCGCUAGUAUGCAGUGGCAUUUGGAUCGUGGCCUUAAUUUUCUGCUGUCCUGUCUUUCACUACCGUGACACUAUCACUGAUGGUCGCAAAACUGAGUGUGGGUACAAUUUCGGAGAUUAUGAAAUACUAGCUUAUAUGGAUGACAGUGAUUCAGUAACUGCAUUAUUGGAAGAAUAUUCACCUUUAGAACCGGCUGUCACAUAUGCUAGCACCACCUUUGCUAAUCAGCCUACUGAUAAUUAUCCAGAUUUUCAGGCAAACAGUUUAUCCACAAACGAAGGCAUAAUCGCAGCAUCUCACCUUUCUCAUGCCACUGUAGAUGUGAACUCCUUGUUAAAUUCGACUGCCUAUCCUGACAUCAGGCUACUGGAAUCUCAUAAGGAUCUACCUCAUACUAACUUGCCUGUACCAUCCAACAAUAACCUCAGUUUCAAGCUACUUGAUCUUCCUCUUGAUUUGCUUGAUUUUGGCAGUGGUAAUGACUCACUGGGAAAUUUCUAUGUGGACGAUUAUCCCGUACACAUUCCCUUAGUUGUAAUAACUAUCACCAGGGCAGUCUUUGGCUUCAUACUCCCUUUCAGCAUAAUGGCAGCUUGCUAUGCCCUUAUUGCUUUCAGGAUGCGUGCAAGUAACUAUCAGAAGCCACGAAGCAAGAUGCUGAGAACAAUCAUUCUCGUGGUAGCUGCAUUUUUCGUCUGUUGGGCUCCAUACCAUAUAGUUGGGAUUUUGUCCCUUGUGGCUACUCCUGGUACAGGGCUGAAGGAGUCACUGAUCCUCUGGGAUCACCUCUCUGUAGCACUUGCGUAUGCCAACAGCUGCAUCAACCCUGUGCUCUAUGUUUUUGUGGGGCGGGACUUCAGGGCAAAGGCAAGGCAAUCACUGCAAGGAGUCUUGGAAGGAGUCUUUACUGAAGAACCAACAUGUUCAACCCCUUACUCUCUUGACAAAAGCAAGACUUCAAAAGAUAAGGAUGUUAGUACCACAGUCUAACACAGGACUUCCCAUCAUCACUGCAGAAGCUCUGUACAUCAACGACUCUCCACUUUUUUUGCUCCAACACAUCUGAUUACUCAACAGAUUUGCACAAAGUGUACUGGGAUGGUUCAGAUCAGAUCUGCUAAUCCACUUUAUAUCCUACUAUGGCAAGAUGGGAAGUCGGAAAUACUAAGAGUAAUAAUCUCUGAUGAAAGCCUAGUGAAGCAGGCGACUUAGAGUGCUUUAAAGAGUGAAGAAGGACUGUAGAAUGAUUCGUGGUGGGAUCAUGUAUUUCAACUUCUGAACUGCUAAAUUAGAAAGUUAUCAGUUAUUGCAUAUGUCUAUUAAAGAUGUUCUGCAUCUCCUGUCUCUGAUAAAAUGCAGAUGAAACCAA